AUGUCAUCAACGUAUCGUCGUGAAAUACAUGCAGCAGCUGCUGCUCCAACUACAGGUGGUAUGCGUGGUGUUAUCUUUGGUGGCAUAACGGGUGCCAUUGAAAUUUGCAUAACAUUCCCGACAGAAUUUGUCAAAACACAAUUACAAUUAGAUGAAGGCUCAAGUAGACGUGGUGAACCACGAAAAUAUAAUGGUGUUAUUGAUUGUGUAAAAAAAACAGUACAUUCAAGAGGUUUUUUUGGUCUUUAUCGUGGCCUUAGCGUACUUCUAUAUGGAUCGAUACCGAAAAGUGCAGUAAGAUUUGGAGCUUUUGAAGAACUGAAAAAAUAUGCAGCCGAUGAACAUGGCCAAUUGAAUAGCAAAACUCGACUUUUAUGUGGUUUGGGUGCUGGUUUAGCCGAAGCUUUACUUGUUGUCACACCCAUGGAAACUGUCAAAGUUAAAUUUAUUCAUGAUCAAAAUUUAGCUAAACCAAACUUUCAUGGAUUUUUUCAUGGAGUUCGUGAAAUCAUUCGAAAAGAAGGUAUUCGAGGCACAUAUCAAGGUUUAACACCAACUCUACUUAAACAAGGAACAAAUCAAGCUAUUCGCUUUUUCGUUAUGGAAACAUUGAAAGAACACUAUAGAAAAUAUACUAACAAAGGACAACACGCACCAGUGCCCGUGAUUAUUACAGGUAUAUUUGGUCUGAUGGCUGGUGCAGCUAGCGUCUUUGGUAAUACACCAUUGGAUGUUGUUAAAACCCGUAUGCAAAGUCUUGAAGCUGCAAAAUAUAAAAAUACAUUUGAUUGUGCAAUAAAAAUCUUGAAAAACGAAGGACCGCUGGCAUUUUACAAGGGUACCGUACCACGACUCGGUCGUGUUUGCGCUGAUGUUUCAAUUACAUUUAUGAUUUAUGACAAAGCUAUUGAAGCAUUCAAUCGUAUGUGGUCAUCUAAAUGA